AUGGGUUGGUUUUGGGGUGAUUCAAAUGAUGGCGACAAGGAUAAAUCCCAAGAUCCUUUAAAGAAUCUCGAUCCCAGUUUACGAGAAUUCCUUAAAAAAGAAUCACCAGUCAAAUACGAUUCUACAAAGUCUGCAGACACAACAGUCUUGUCGCAAACAAAAACGCUGGAGCCCACAUUGACAAGUACGACUGAGGAUCCUACAAAACCCAAUGUGCCUUCGCAGAGUUUAUACCAAGACGGACGCUACGCACAUUUAUGGAAAACGUACCAACCACAAGCAGAAGUUGAGCAAGCAGCUAAAUCGGAUGCCGAAAAGAUUCAAGAUGUUAUCGACGGGUAUAAAUAUAGAAAGGCAGAGAUUGGAAGGGCAGCUUUGGAGAAUUGCGCUUUGGAACAAUGGGAUGUGAAUGAGUGUUUUCGUUCAGGAGGAUGGCAAGCUCGAUUAACUAUGUGCAGAGAGGAGAAUAGGAAGCUUGAAAGAUGUUAUACUAUGCAAGGUAAAUUUUUGAAAGCUUUAGGCUACUUAUCGACAUACGAUCGUCCACCCGCAGUCGAUGAACAGAUCCAACUGCAUGCCGAUACAUUAUAUCAUCGAAUGAUUGACCAAGAGAAACAGAUUGAAGAAGCAAAGGCAGAAGGGAGACCCGUGCCCAUAUUUCCUCCGCUUAUAUCAAAAUCAAGACCUGGGCAAUCGGAUUCUGCACAAGAGAACAACAAGCUCAAGGCGUCUGAUCUUUCGCCGAAGGUACAGGCUUCAUUUAAGAAACGACUUGAAGGACUGAACGAUGAUGAGAGACUAGUCGAGGAACGAGCAAUCCAGGCCGAAAUCGAAGCUGGUGAACAAGUUGCAGGUCAGCUAGGAAAGAUUUACGAGAAACAGGACGAAGAAAGAAGGCAAAGGAAAGAGCAGGGCAGAGAAACUAUUAGCGAUAAAUUCUUCUCGGUUUUCCGUGGACGAUGA